UGGUAGUUGGGACAUUGCAGCUUUUGGGACUGGCUCCCCUUUUCGCAAUAAGUAUCUUGAACUUACGGGCUCCGCAGCCGAAAGCGUCCCAUCUCUCUUAGGGUCGGGGUCUCCGAGUCUCCCAAAAUGGCCGGCAAUCGAGAUUGCGCUAAGGAGCAGCUGAAGCGCUGGCAAGAGCAGCGGGACUCCCAGGAAGCUGAUUCCUUAACCACAGGAGCAGGAAUCCCAGUGGGAGACAAGCUGAAUGUCCUGACCGUUGGUCCAAGAGGUCCACUCCUGGUUCAGGAUAUAGUUUUCACCGAUGAGAUAGCACACUUUGACCGAGAGAGGAUUCCCGAGAGAGUUGUCCAUGCCAAAGGAGCCGGAGCAUUUGGCUAUUUUGAAGUGACUCAUGAUAUCACCACAUACUGCAAGGCAAAGAUAUUUGAGCACAUAGGCAAAAAAACUCCAAUGGCUAUUCGAUUUUCAACUGUUGCUGGGGAAUCUGGCUCAGCUGACACAGUGCGUGACCCUAGAGGCUUUGCAAUGAAAUUCUACACUGAAGAUGGAAAUUGGGAUCUUGUAGGGAACAACACUCCCGUCUUCUUCAUUAGAGAUGCAAUGCUGUUUCCAUCUUUUAUCCAUACCCAAAAGAGGAAUCCACAGACACAUCUGAAAGAUCCAAACAUGGCAUGGGACUUCUGGAGUCUUCGCCCUGAGUCUCUACACCAGGUAUCAAUCCUGUUCAGCGAUCGUGGCAUUCCAGAUGGGCACCGUCACAUGAAUGGCUAUGGGUCACAUACUUUUAAGCUAGUCAAUGCUUACGACAAUGCAGUAUACUGCAAAUUUCAUGUAAAGACUGAUCAAGGAAUUAAAAACCUUUCUGUCAAAGAUGCAGAAAGAUUGGCUUCCAAAGAUCCGGAUUAUGGCCUGCGUGAUCUUUACAAUGCAAUUGCUAAUGGAAAUUUCCCCUCUUGGACUUUCUAUAUUCAAGUUAUGACAUUUGAGCAAGCUGAAUGUUUUCCAUUUAAUCCUUUUGAUGUAACAAAGGUUUGGCCUCACAAAGAUUAUCCUCUCAUUCCUGUGGGAAAAAUUGUCUUAAACCAAAAUCCCGUCAAUUAUUUUUCUGAAGUGGAACAAUUGGCCUUGGAUCCAAGCAACAUGCCUCCAGGGAUUGAACCUAGCCCUGAUAAAAUGUUACAGGGUCGUCUUUUCUCAUAUCGAGAUACCCAUGGACACCGUCUGGGACCCAACUACCUUCAGAUUCCUGUAAAUUGUCCAUACCAAACUAGGGUGGCCAAUUACCAGAGAGAUGGACUUAUGUGCAUUUCUGAUAACCAGGGUGGUGCUCCAAACUAUUACCCAAAUAGUUUUAGUGGACCUGAGGAACAGCCCACUUUGAAGCAGAGCUGUGUAUUUAUCUCAGGAGAUGUACAACGUUUUAAUAGUUCAGUUGAGGAUAACGUCUCUCAAGUACGGGACUUCUUUGUCAAAGUACUGAAUGAGGAACAGCGCAUGAGACUUUGUGAAAACAUUGCCAACCAUCUUAAGGAUGCUCAGCUUUUCAUCCAGAACAGAGCUGUGAAAAACUUUACUGAUGUUCAUCCUGAUUACGGUUCAGGCAUUCAAGCUUAUCUGGAUAGACACAAUGCUGAAGGAAAAAGAAAGGUAAGAAAACAUUAUCAAUUCAGAUUGCUGUGGAAAGCAAGUAAAGAAUAAGCAAUUGAAAAUAGAUUAAGGCAGAGAUGACACAAAUGGCUGUGGACAGACUUAAAGGAGGAACGAGAAGAGCUUGAAAAACUGUAUGUUCUUCCAUACAACUUACAAUAUCUGGAAUCCAAUUUUAACAAGGGAUAUUAAAAUAUUCCAUUUCAGUGGAAUUAAAAUAGCAUCUAUAAAUAUUAGUAUCACUAUGGCUUUUGUCAUAAUACAGAUAGUUAGCAAAAAGUACAAAGGAACAGUAAAGAAUCUGUUAGUAUUUCAUAUACAUAAAUGUAUAUAAAGAAAUGUGUGUGUAUAUAUAUAUAUAAAACUCUUUAAAAUUAUUUAUUUAUUUUAUGUUGAGACAAGCUAAUUCUCUUUUUAAUAUGGUUUCUAGGAUUAAGUUCAUACUUAAUACACAAACUUCGUUCACUGGAAAGGAGAAACCUCAUCUGUAAAUGGCAUGACCUGUAAUUAUCAGUCACAUUGGAAAUGUUUGUCUGAAAUCCCUCCAUCUGGAAAAUGAGCUAUGAAAAGCUUUAUGUAUAAUGGAAUUGCCUCCUGUGCCAUUAACUGCAAUACACAACCAAAUGUGAUUCGGACUUUAAUGCUGAAUUUAUCCUGGCAAUACCUUUGAAGUACAUUAGAAUAAUAAACUUUUGGUUUAUUUUUAUGUAUUAACAUAUUUUAUAUGUCUAUGGAGAUUUUCGGUCAUCUAGGUCAUAGUUAUCCCAAAGGUGCUUUUUCAUGAGGCAAUUGGACUUU